AUUGGAUUUGCAAAUGAGCUCAAAGCGCAAGACCAGGUCGAUGAAUAAGAGUCCUGAAGAACCUGUUGAAAUAAAUUUGAUCAGUGAUGAAGAAGAGAAGGAGAUUAAUCCAGCAAAGAAGCCUAAACCUGUAUCUAAAAAGAAGGCCAAAAGAUCUCCAGAAAAGAAGAGAGCUCCUCUCCAAGAAGGUAAAGAUUUGGAUUCUGAUUUGUUAAAUAAAUUAAUCGAUGAGGAAGAGGGAAAAGACAAAGAAGAGAUCAAGAAAGCAAAACCAUCAGGUAAAAGACAGAAAAAGAAUCCUCCUAAACCAAUAGAGGAAGAUCCAAUACCAAUCGAAUCUUCAGCUGAAAGUGGAAAUGAAGAGGAAAUUAGAAAUAUGCUCGAGGAAGAAAUUAAAGAGAGCCAAAUUCAGCAAAAUAGUUUCCAAUAUUUCCAAGUAGAAGAAUGGACAAGAGGUUUCGAAUGGGAUGACGAAAUAGAUAGAGUUAAUAAGGAGGUAUUUAGAAAUAAAUCCUUUAUUAACAGGCAAAGAGAGAUUAUAAACGCGACAAAAGCUAAAAGAGAUACCAUUGCUCUAAUUCCCACAGGGCAUGGUAAAAGUUUGACAUUUCAACUCCCAGCAUAUACUGAUAAAGGAAUCUCUAUUGUAGUCAUGCCUCUUCUGAGUUUGAUUGAAGAUCAAGUUCAGAAAUUAAAAGAAAUAGGAGUGAAAUCAGUAUUUAUCCAUCCAACUCAGGAAGAUAUAAAGGAAAUCCUUGCACAGCUCAAAAAGAGUUUAUUUUCAGCAAAGAUUUUCUUUGUCACACCUGAGCAAUUAAUGCAAAACGAGUACUUAAAGAGGAUCCUCUCUGAACUUUACGAUAAGAAACUCAUUGAGAGAUUUGUGCUAGAUGAAGUGCAUUGCCUCCCUACAUGGGGUAAAGACUUUAGAAAUGACUACAUGAGGCUUCAAUCAAUUAGGACUCUAUUCCCAGAAACGCCUAUCCUUGGCCUCACUGCAACGGCAACUCCGAAGGUAGUGAACGAGAUUAAGGAGAGACUUCAAAUGAGGAAGCCUCUAGUCUUUUCCAUAUCGUUCAAUAGGAAGAAUUUGUUCUUCAAUUGUAUCCCAACAAAGAAGAAGGAUCGUGCUGCUGAGGUCUCUUCUCUUCUAAAGAAGGAUUAUAAGUACUGAAGCGGAAUCAUUUACUGCUCUACUAUUAAAGAAUGAGAAGAGCUUUGCAAAAAGUUCAAAUAUAACGAAGGAAUCAACUGUGCUUCAUAUCAUGGCAAGAUGGAUAUAGAGAAGAGAAAUGAAAUCCAGCUCAAGUGGAGAAACGAUGAAAUUUUAGUCAUGAUCGCAACCAUUGCUUUCGGCAUGGGAGUGGACAAAAAGGAUGUCAGGUUUGUCAUCCAUAUGUCACUUCCAAGAUCUCUAGAUGGGUACAUCCAAGAAGGAGGGAGAGCUGGAAGAGACCAUCAGCUAUCCCAUGUUGUUCUCUUCUUUGAAUAUAACGACAGGAGUACUAUCAAUUGGUUCAUUAAGAACAACGAUUUUGCUGAUAUGGAAAGAGAGCAAGAAAAUUUGACAAAUCUUUACAACAUUCUUGACUAUGCAGAAGAUCCUUACGAAUGAAGAAGAGUCAAACAGCUACAAUAUUUGGAUGAAGUGUUUGAUCGUGAAAAAUGCAACCAAAUGUGUAACAACUGAAGAGAUUACCAAGAUAUUUAUUACCAAGACUUUUCUACUGAAGCUCAAAUGAUAUGAGAGCUUUUUGAAGAAUUAUGUAAUGAAGAAGGGAAGCAGAUCACAGUAAAUGGGCUUUUGAAAUUACUCACUCCAAAACCUCCAACCAAUGAUGACAAUGACUCUACAUGUGCAAAAUUGAAUGCUAGUUUAGCUCCAUUUUCUAAAACAACAAUCAGAAGAGUGAUAAUUAAGAUGCUUUCGCUACAAAUUUUGAAAGAGAAUCUCCAAACAUUCCAAAACAAUCCUACUGUGACAGCAUAUCUGAAAUCAGGAACAAAUUUCUAUUCUUGCUUAGAGGGUUUAAGCAAGAUAGAAAUAGCUACAGGAACCAGAAGAAAAGCUAAAGCAAAGCUACCAAAUAGAAACAUUAAAAUUAAGAUACCCAAAAGUCCAAAGAAGACUAAAUUUUCAAAAGCUAGACCAGUAUCUCCUUCCCAAGUACUCAAUGAUCCUAUUGAGAAUUCAUCUGAAGGGUUUUCUCCAAAGGUGAAUCCUGAUGAGCUUCUUGGGAGCAACAAAGAGUCUGAGUCACUAGUAAAGCCUAGCAAACCAGAAACUCAUGAAUUUAAGAGCUCAGUACAGGAGAUUCUUGAAUCACUACAAGAAAGCACAUUAAGAGUGCAGCCUAGUAAGAGAGCUCUACCAAGAGAAGAGAAGAAGGACCAAAACAAACUACAAUCUCCUCUAGCUGAACUAAUAGAGAAAGAAUAUGAGUACGCAGAUAUUACAUCUUUCGAGGAGGGAGAACUACUUGAGAGAUUAUUGCUAGUAAAGAAGAAUCUCCAGAAUAAUAUUUCCCUGCUGAAUGAAAACCCAGCUAUAUUUAAAGAGUUCAAUACUGUUUUCUCACUCAAAUUCUUCGCAAAUAUCAUUGAACAGAAGCCUUUCUAUCUCAAAAUUUUGAGCAAUUGUCUUGAGGAAGAAGCUCAUCAUACUAGUAAUAGCUACAAGAACUACUCAGAAAUAUUCAUGCAUGAAAUUUUCCAUUUUUGUCACUUGAGAAAUAGUAUUAAACAAUUGGGUCAGAAAGAAGACCCAGAGAUACUUGCAGAUGAUGAGGAAUCAGUGAAAUCUUUAGUAGAGCUCAACCCAGUUAACCAUGAUCAUAGUUAUCUCAGCAAGAAAGAUUUGAAGAAGACAGGAAGAAGAACAGUAGAGAAGAAAAAGACCCCAGAGACUAAACCUGCUGUCAGAAAGAGACCUAAGAAAUCAUUCAUCUAAAUCUUAGAUUGA